CUGGCACACCGGCAUCCCCAUGGAUCUCCUCGCCGGCAUCGGCUACGCCUGUGCCGGGCUCCUGGCGGUGCUGGCGACGGUGCUGUUGGGAAUGGCGUAUCGCUUGGGGCUCCUCUACCAGCUCUGGCAUAAGGUAGACCCCCGAAGCCCCCGGCAUGGUGGUGAGUUGGUGGCGGAGGUGCUGAAGGCACACGGCGUCCGUUUCCUCUUCGCCUUGGCUGGUGGCCACAUCUCACCCAUCUUGGUGGCCAGCGAGAAGGUGGGCAUCCGUGUGGUGGACACCCGGCAUGAGGCCACCGCCGUCUUCGCCGCCGAUGCUGUCUCCAGGCUCUCUGGUCGCAUCGGUGUCGCCGCUGUCACCGCUGGUCCCGGCGUCACCAACGCGGUGACAGCCAUCAAGAACGCCCAGAUGGCCGAGUCACCGUUGCUGCUCAUCGGGGGAGCAGCCGCCUCGCUGCAGAAGGGUCGGGGAGCGCUGCAGGACAUCGACCAGCUCUCGCUCUUCAAGACGCUCUGCAAAGUGUGCGUCUCGGUGCAUGCCGUCCGUGACAUCGUCCCCACCCUCCGCAAAGCCAUCGCCACCGCGCAGUCGGGGACCCCCGGACCUGUCUUCGUGGAGCUCCCCAUCGACGUGCUCUACCCCUUCCACGUGGUCGAGAAGGAGAUCAGUGGCACCAAGAAUGCCCGGGGGCUGCAGGGAAAAGUGGUGCAGUGGUACCUCCAAAACUACAUCCGUAACCUCUUCGCGGGUGCCUGGGAGCCCCGGGACGUGUCCCCGUUGCCCGUGCAGGUGCCGCUGGCCACCGAGGAUGAGGUGCAGCGAUGUGCCGAGCUGGUGAGCCGGGCCACGAAGCCGCUGGUGCUGGUGGGUAGCCAGGCCAUGCUGCCGCCCACGCCGGCCGAGGAGCUGCGCGCGGCGCUGGAGGCCCUGGGCAUCCCCUGCUACCUUGGGGGAGCGGCGCGGGGGCUUCUCCCCCCCGGCAGCCCCCUCCUCCUGCGCCAGAACCGCCGCGACGCCCUCCGCGAUGCCGACCUGGUGCUGCUGGCAGGCGCCGUCUGUGAUUUUCGCCUCUCCUACGGGCGCCUUUUCAGUCGCCGCGCCAUCAUCGUGGCCGUUAACCGGGACCGGGCGCAGCUCCUCCGUAAUUCCGAUGUCUUCUGGAAACCCCGGCUCGCCGUGCAAGGAGACGCAGCCUCCUUCGUGGUGCGGUUGGCGCGGAGCCUGCGGGGCUACGCCUGCCCCGGUGAGUGGCUGGAGGGGCUGCGUGAAGCUGAUCGGAAAAAGGAGCAGGCUAACCGGGAGAAGGCAGCGACCCCCACCCCGCAACACCUGAACCCCCUGGACCUGCUGCCCCGCCUGGAUGCGCUGCUGCCCCCCGAGAGCCUCCUCGUAGCCGAUGGGGGGGACUUUGUGGGUACCGCUGCCUACAUCGUCCGUCCCCGACGUCCCCUCGCCUGGCUGGACCCCGGAGCUUUCGGCACGUUGGGAGUCGGCGGAGGGUUUGCGCUCGGCGCCAAGCUCUGCUGUCCCGACGCGGAGGUUUGGGUCCUCUACGGUGACGGCUCGCUGGGCUACAGCUUGAUGGAGUUUGACACCUUUGUGCGGCACAAGACGCCUGUCAUCGCGCUGGUGGGCAAUGACGCGUGCUGGAGCCAGAUUUCCCGGGAGCAAGUGGCUUUGCUGGGAAGCAACGUGGCGUGUGGCCUCGAGUACCUGGACUACCAUGCGGUGGCCGAAGCUCUGGGUGGCAAAGGCUUCGUGGUGGGUCGCCAGGACCGUGAGCGGCUGGACACCGUCCUCCGUGCUGCGCAGGAUGCGUGUCGCCAAGGCCACCCCGUCCUCAUCAACGCCCUCAUCGGCAAGACCAACUUCCGUGACGGUUCCAUCUCCGUCUAG